AAAAUGUUAAUGGUCGAAAUGGGAAAAAGCAAUUACCACAAAACAAUAAGGCGCGGACUCAAAAACGAAUUAAAAUUCAAAUAAUCGGGGCCAGAAACGACAGUGCUCCUCCACGUUAGCACACAGCCACACCUCUUCUUCUUCCGUACAUAAUCUGAAUCCCUUCCCCAAUGUAUAAUUCUUCCACCUACAAAAAGCUGUCCUAAUCGCUCUGAAUUUCUUUAACCCACAUUGCGUUCUUCGUUGAUUCAAGGGACAUCACUGCUGUAGAGAUAACCAUGCCAAAGAAGAGACGAGAUCACUCAGCGUCCACCGAUAAGUCCCGGCGUUCUCCAUACAAAUGCAACACCAAAAACAAAAACCCAUCAGAAAAAGAUCAAAAUCUAAAAGAAUGGGAAGAAGCUAGAUGCCCUGUAUGUAUGGAACACCCUCACAACGCCAUCCUUCUCUUAUGCUCUUCACACAACAACAAUUGUCGCCCUUACAUGUGUGACACAAGCCGUCGCCACUCCAAUUGCUUCAACCAGUUCCGCAAGUUCUUUGUAACUCCUGCCACCGCCGCGGAGCCACCGUCCACCGCCACAGUCCAGGAGUCAAAAAUGGUAUGUCCGCUCUGUCGGGGGCAGGUAAAAGGGUGGGUGGUGGUGGAAGCCGCCCGUGAAUUCAUGAACGCAAAAUCAAGAAGCUGCUCAAGUGGAACGUGUGAGUUUUCCGGGACGUAUUCGGAUCUAAGGAGGCACGCGAGGGUGGUGCACCCUCUGGUAAGACCAUCGGAGGCGGAUCCUGGGCGGCAGCAGGACUGGCGGCGGCUGGAAAGCGAGAGGAAUCUUGGGGAUUUGCUGAGUAUACUUGAGUCAUCAAUGGAAUCUUGGGGAUUUUCUAUGACUACAAUUUUAAGACCGGGAAACGGUUCAGGCGUGGUUGAGGUGACAGUUCGGAGGCGGCUCGGGACACGGUUGUAGGGUGAGCGUUAUGAUGAUAACGGGUCGCCCGAUGGUGGUUCGGGUUUGGGCUCGGAUAAUUUGUUUCAGUUGAGUCGGCCAAGAUCGGGUCAUGAUGAUGAAUCUUGAAAGAUGUGAAAUAUUAAUAUAUUGUAAAAAGAUAUUAUCGGUUAAUUGGUAUAAGGUUUUGUUUAA